AUGCAACUGUCGUAUGUUACCGAGGUUGGAAGUGAAGAGAUGGAGCUUGGUGAUGAGUUACCAGAUCAUGGUUGCCUACAAGAAGACGAGAUACCAAGAGUUGGAAUGCGGUUUGCUCAGUUACAGAUGGCUCAUGACUUUUAUGUUACCUAUGCAAAGAAAGUUGGAUUUGCAACUAAGAUAAGGACGACAACAUAUGACAAGAUCACAAAGGCUCCCAUUAACCAAGCUAUACGCUGUAAUCGCGACGGGUACCGCGAGUCUCGUGUUAAAGCACCAACGCGAAAGAAUACAAUUUCAGCUGCUGGGUACAAGGCAAGGAUAUAUGUCAAGUUUGAUAAAGACAUCCAAGACUGGGUUUUGUUCAAGGUUGACUUGGCGCACUCACACCCCUGUUCAGCGAGAAAGACAGUGCACUACCAUGAGUAUAGGCAGUUGACCAUGCAUGCAAAGUACGUGAUCGAGGAUAAUGAUGAGGCUGAGAUUCGACCAAAUAAGACAUUCCUUGCUUUGUCAAAUGAGGCUGGAGGCCCCUCUAACUUGGGAUUCUCAGAGAAGGAUUUAAGAAACUAUAUAACAGUAAGGCUCCGAACUAGCAAUGUGAAUGCGGAUGUUAGGGAGAUGAUGAGCUACUUCAUGAGAAUGAAGGACAUCAAUCCGAACUUCUUUUACGCAGUGAAGUUGGACGAGGAGUGUAAAUUUAAGAGUGCAGUAUGGGUGGAUGCAAAAUGUAGGGCGUCGUAUGAAUACUACGGAGACGUGUCAGUUGAUAGCACCUACAGUACAAACAGGCAUGGAUUAUCGUUUGUGUCGUUCGUUGGGGGUCAACCACCAUGGUAA